AUGGACGCCGCGGCGUUGCCUCUGCCGAGUGAGCAGAAGGCAGAGCUGUGUGGAGAUAGUGUGCCUUUUGAUGAGCAGCUAAGGACCACACUGCACUGUGAUGAUAAGGAAAAGCUUCGUAGGAAGUUGGCACUGUUACAAAGGGAGUACCUCAAGACAGCUCAGAGACUACAGCGUGCUGAGCGUUUUGACGCAGUGCGCAAACACGUGAGGAGCAGAAUCAGUCAGCAGAACCAGGGAGACCCAGAUGUGACAUCCAACCCCCGUCUCAGCCCCUCUCCAUUGAUACUGAAUGCCACCAAUGGGGCCGCCACAAGUGAAGCUCAGUGCGAGGGACACACUGGAGGUCUGGUGGAUUCUGAUAACUCCAGGAGGAGCCAGGUGAUCAGGUUCCUGCUCCCUUCUGAAGAUCCUUGCACUGAAACCCUGACUCCCAGCCAUGACACACCCGGAGGUCACAGGUCGAGCACCGCUCUGCGCCUCAGGUCUCGACGCAGCCGCCUGCGAUGGGAGAGGAGGAGCGCCGAGGCUGGCAGGAGCACAGACGACAACAGUGAGGAAGGACAGGAGCCGAGUGAGAGGAUGGUGGUUGGGAGUGAAGGGGGAGACAAAACACAGGGAACAGAGGCUGUGAAUGAAGGUGAAGAGCUAUGUUCUGGCACUGAGUCUGAGUCUCCAUCUCUGCUGCUGACACACUGGAACACAACGCAAAAUGAAACAGGAGAUAUCGAGGGAAACCAAAUACAAGGACAACCAGAACAAAAGGGAAAAGAGACCGAGUUAAGAUCUGAAGGGAAAAAAGAAUCAGAGUCAACUUCUUUGGUGCCUUCAUAUUGGGACCCUGCAGACAGGGAACUAAACGGCGCAGAGCAGAGGAAUAAAAGGCUUUGUGAAAACAGCAGUGAUAAAGACAAUGAACUAAAUUCAGCAGAGAAAACAGAAACGGAAAAAAGUCAUGAAAAUACAGCUGAAUUAAAAAAAGAAAAAAGUGAGAUGGUUGGAUCGGGGCAUGAUGUAAAGGCUGUGAGUCUCCUUGACUCCUGUACCCUCGUGGAAGGACUACUUUUCCCCGCAGAGUACUACGUCCGAACCACAAGGCGUAUGACCCAAUCGCAGAGCCAGCCGAACAUGCAGGCUAUCAUUCUCUCCCAGCUGAGCGCCGGGCGACGUUGCAGCAGGCGGGGCCGCGGCAGGGGAUCGAACCGGGACACACCCAACCCUGAACGUUCAGAUCAACACACUGAUACAAGUUUAUCUGCGCCAACCGCUGCAUCUGUAGUUCCUUGUCUGGACUCACAGCCUGCUGAGCCGAACACUCAGAGCUCCAGCGAGAUUUCAGAUCGAGUCUCAGGUUGUCAGAUCGACACGGAUGCUUGUUUUUCUCCUAUUGUCACCUCUGCUCGUCCAGCAAGAGGGAGGAGGAAGAAGAGAGGAAGGGGAAGAGGAAGAGGGAGACCUCAAACCCCACGAUGCUCUCUCAGUUUAGACUCCAAUCAGCUAGGCCUUGCACAAAAAACCUCAGACGAUCCCCCGGCAACAAGCUCCCCGGUCGAUUCCUCCCCGUCUCUUCAUGGAGCUGAUGGAUCAAAACCCUCCGUCUCUCCGGUGCAGGACGUCCCACAGCCUGCGUCCACAAACAGCACAGAUACACCGCCUUCCUCUGGGGUCAUUGUUGAUCCGUGUAGCUCUGCAUCUGGACCUCUGGGGAAGGUCUUUCCCAUCUUUCGUAAGAGCGGCGAAAGGAGUAACGGAUCCACUCAGAUCAGUAGAGAUGCAGCGAGCUGGCAGUGUCUCCUCCUGCCCUCCUCUCCCCCGGCCCAACCUUCUCUGCUCCCUCUCCCCUCUCUGUCUCCUGGCUCGCUGUUCAACAACUUUGACACGAUCCAGGAUUUCCAUCUCCCUGAUGACCAGUUUGCUUUUCUUAAGCUGCACAAGCUCCGCCAAGUCGAACCUUUUACCUCGCCGUCUUACAACACGCGCAGAAGCAGCCGCCGUUUUGUUAGCAGUGACUCAGAGAGGCGUCUUCCACUGCCGCUCAGCCUCACACCCUCCAUCACAAAGUCACCCCAGACCACUGAAGCAAAACAAGCUGCGACACUACCGCUCAGCCUCAGACCCACCGUCACAAACUCACCCCAUACCGCUGCUGCUUCACAUUCUGACCUGCAAAAUGUGUCAAUAAUAUACAGCCAGUCCUUCACUGAAGACCCUGAACAAGUUAUUAAGGAAACCCUUGGAGAGCAGCAGACUGAAAACCUUCAGAUAGAGUGUCAGAGUUGCGCCACCUCAACAGUGUCUGAGUCAGGGGUUCAAGAUUGUGCUGGUGACCGCGUUGAUCAAUAUAAAAAGCAAGAGAGUAUCAUUCUGAAUACUCCCCACACUGUCGAACCACAGCCUCACAUCAGCUUUGCAGACAGACCUGGAGAACAUGUAAAACAUUAUGACAUUGGGUGUUCAGAUGAACUUCAAAUCAAAGAGUCUUCUCUCAUUUUAUUUGAAGAACAAACAGUUAGUCCGGGUGUCAUCCAUCCUCUUGAGGAACAUAUGUCGACACACAACCAAACUGAAGACAAAGAUAUCAUCAAGACUCUUUCCUUCGAUUGCUCUCUACAGGAAACCCCCGAGGAGCCUUCUAUAAGCCGCGCUGCUGAACAGUUCUGUAACGUCAGCGAAGCUCCAGGAGAGUCUCCCGUACAGAAUCUGCAUGAGAAGUCUCCCACUCAAGACUCAAGGGAAUCGCCUAGAGACAGAUCGAUGGAAAAUCAAAACAAGUGUGUACAGCCCCACAGCGCUCAGCUCCUGUUGAGCCCUGCUCUGACCUCAGCACCCUUCAUAACCCAGCCCCCGCCCUCCUCUGCUCUCCUCUCCAGCCCCACACUGCCAUCACUAGGACUCACCCCCCGUCUCCUGCCCCCGCCCUCCUCUGCUCUCCUCUCCAGCCCCACACUGCCAUCACUAGGACUCACCCCCCGUCUCCUGCCCUCCUCCCCCUCUGCCCCUCCUCUCACCCUGCCUCCCCCUCACAGCCCGUCCAUCCAGGCCCUCUCCCCUCCGGCUAUCUCUCCGUGUCCAUCCCAGAUCCAUCAGAUCCAGGCUUCAUCUGAGCCGCCGUGUACAGACAGCCAGGCCCAGAGGGUUGAAGCUCCUCCCUGCAGGACAGUCUCCGGCAUCCUGCCACAGGGCUCAGGAGGGCGGGCGGAGACGGCGGAGGAACACAUGAUGAGAUGCACACACACACUAAAGGCCCCGGCAGGAGGCUGUCUGGUGGAUGCUUGCCUCCUGCGUGGAGCCUCCGGUGGUUUGUGUGUCGCCGCAGCAGGAAAGUGGGCCGUGUGUCUCUGGAGUCAGACUGCAGCUUCUGACUGGAGCCUGACACACACCUGGGCCUUCAAUGAGCCAGUGAUCGAUGUGUUUCCUGUGCCGGACGCUGCAGGGCUGAUGUGUGUGACUCUGGGUCAGUUAGAAAUCAGAGAAGUGAGGAUGCUGUCGUGCUGCAGCCUCUCCCAGCUGCUGCUCUGUGACGGCGUUGUUCAGGCGGUUGUGUGUGUGUCCAGGUCCAGAGUGGUAACUUCCUCACACUCAGCGUCUGGCUCCAGCCUGCAGGUGUUCACGCUCUCAGACAGCGGCAGCACACCGGGCCCUCAGCCUCUGGUGUCUCCUGGUGUUUGUGUCGGGGCCCUCGCUGCUGUGGCUGGACUUCCUGACGCUCUGAUUGGCUCUGAUGAGAGCGGCCGCCUCUUUGUCUGGAACUUAAAGACGGGUCAGCUGCUGCAGAGAAUCAUCCUCGGAGAAGAUUUAUCACACAUGGCCUGUCUCAGAGGAUACUCCUACUGUGGAGUGUUGUUUGUCCUGCUGCAGCAUCAGUUGCUCAGCUCUCUGGAGGAAGAAGUAAAAGAGAAGGAAGAGGAGAGUAAGAACAUGGCUCUGUUCUCCUUGGUCGCCAUUAAUCCUCUGAGUGGAAAAUCUGCCCUCGCUACUCGACUGUAUCCGCCCAACGCCUGGUCCGGCAGGCUGUGUGAAGCAGACGUUAUCGGCUCCAGCGUGGUGGGCCUGAGUCAGAGCGGCUGUGUGUGUGUGUGGCAGCUCUGGCCCCGGGGGGCCUCCAGGAUGGUGCCGGCCCCCGAGAGCGAGGGCUGGCAGCUGGCUCGAUGUGGGGGAGAGGGAACGCUGCUGACUGGACAUCACAACGGAGACGUCACCCUGCACUGCUACAGUCAGACUUCUCUCUGCCACCAAUAAGACUUUCUGAAGAUCUGAUCACUUUUAUCCCAAAACAAUGUCCGCCCAUCGCUGUGUGAAUGUUUACAUGAAGAUUUUAACCUUUUAAAAUACUUCAAAAUCACAUUUGGUUCUGUGGCUUCUCGUAAUCCCUGUUAUUUUGUUGAUUUACAGGUUCAUGUUUGUAUGUUGUGCCUCUACUGUGACACACUGUUUACAUGCUUAAAUGUUCAAUGCUCUGAAACCUAAACUACACACUACGGGGAAGGGAAAACCCCAAAAAGCAUAAUAAAGUAGUCUCUGCUAAGAUUUUGUAAACUGAACAUAUUCAACAACUCAUUGAACUGCUGGUACUCAGAAAACAAGACUGAAUUAUUAAAGGUUUAGCACUUCCUAUUGGUUUUCCUUCAGCCUUUCUACACUGUUAGUGUUUAUAGAGCCCCAGUAUCACACACUGAACCUCUCUGUGAGAGAUUGUUUACUUAAUGAUUGAUUUUCACUUUUUAGACCAAUGUAAAACCAACUUUGUGUUUUAUUACUGCUGCUGUUAUGAAUGUUCCUUACUGUUGUUACUUGAAUAUAUUGUUGCAUGUCUUAUAUUUAAAAGAAAGAAAACUGUUGCCAAAGUUUGUUCUUAUCAUUUACAUUAAACCUUAAAUAUGUUGUA